UGUCUGACUCUCCUGUGACGUGAUCCUGUGGCUCGGUGAUUCAUCAGUGUAGAGUUGUAGAGAUUCUGCAUGUCCAACUUGAGACUGAGUUUCCACCACCUCCCCGCACUUGCGCCGUGAAUGAUGGUGUUGUGGCCGCGGAGCGUCGCAGAGGGGAACGCCGACUGCCGAAAGCACGUGCUGCGAAGAGGAGACGGGGAGCAGACGCAGCGCCACUGAGGAGGAGGAUUUUGAGGACCGAGCUGUGGGAGGAGGAGGAGGAGGAGGAGAGAGACGAAGAGGGAUGUGCCGAGACCAAGACCACGAUGAGACACGUUGAAUCAAGAUAUGUUGCCAUGGGAGGCUGCAGCUAAUAUGCUGGUUUUUAGAGGAUUGACUGGAAAUAUGUUCAUAAGAAAAGGGCCUUUUGGAGGCGAUGGAGUUUUUCUAAUCAGAUCGUAAAUAGUAGAACGAGCAGCGGGAUGCAUCUGGUCGUGAAACCCUCACCUACAGCCAUGUUGACCGUGCUGCCUCACUUUGUGGAGAAAGCUGCUCUGACUCGGAGGGAGAUCUGUCGCAUCCUCAGUGAGAGCUUCUUCAUGGUCAAAGGAGCCGCCCUCUUCCUCCAGCAGGGCGGCAAUGCACAAGGACCCGAGACCCCGAGCCACCACAAGCAUGCAGGUGAUUUACCUCAACACCUGCAGGUCAUGUUUAAGAUCCUCCGAUCUGAAGAUCGCAUCAAACUGGCUGUGCGGUUAGAGAGUGGAUGGUCGGACCGGGUGCGCUACAUGGUUGUUAUCUACACCAACGGCCACCAAGAUACAGAGGAAAAUAUCGUCCUGGGAAUGGACUUCACAGACAAAGACAAUAAAAAUUGCUCCAUUGGGAUGGUGCUGCCACUGUGGAGUGAUACCAACAUACAUUUAGAUGGAGAUGGAGGUUUCAGCGUGAACACUGCAGGGCGGUCACAUGUCUUCAAGCCUGUUUCUGUGCAGGCCAUGUGGUCCGCCCUACAGGUGCUGCACAAAGCGUGCGAGGCGUCGCGCCGGUUCAACUACUUCCCCGGGGGCAUCGCUCUCACGUGGAUGGCCUUCUACGAGAGCUGCAUCACGUCGGAGCAAAGCUGCGUCAAUGAGUGGAACGCUAUGACCGACCUGGAGACCACGCGGCCCGACUCGCCCACCAUGUUUGUCGACCGGCCGACUGAGCGAGAGAGAACAGAGUGCCUCAUCACGGCCAAGCUACGCAGCAUCAUGAUGUUUCAGGACCUGGAGAACAUCACGUCGAAGGAGAUCCGUAACGAGCUGGAGCAGCAUAUGAGCUGCAACCUCAAGGAGUACAAGGAGUUCAUAGACAACGAGAUGCUGUUGAUCCUGGGUCAGAUGGACAAGGCCACACUCAUCUUUGACCAUGUGUACUUGGGCUCUGAGUGGAACGCUUCGAACCUUGAAGAGCUACGUGACUGCGGAGUUGGCCACAUUCUGAACGUUACCAGAGAGAUUGACAACUUCUUCCCAGGGAUGUUCUCGUAUCACAACGUCCGCGUGUACGACGAGGAUGCCACUGACCUGCUGGCCCACUGGAAUGACACCUACAACUUUAUCGUCAAAGCAAAGAAGAACAAUUCCAAGUGCCUGGUGCACUGUAAGAUGGGGGUGAGUCGGUCUGCCUCGACAGUUAUUGCCUAUGCAAUGAAGGAGUACGGCUGGUCUCUGGAGAGAGCCUACAACUUUGUCAAGCAGAAGCGUAGUAUAGCUCAGCCGAACGCCGGUUUCAUGAGACAGCUGGCAGAGUAUGAGGGAAUCCUGGACGCCAGCAAACAGCGUCACAGCAAGCUGUGGAGGCCUGGUGCCGAUGAGGAGGGAUCCGAUGAUCUGCAAGCCUCUGGUGGGGAGGGGACGCCAGUGCCCAGAGAGGGGGAAGCCUGGGGAGGCUGCGGGGCAUCUCCCUGCAGGGGUACAGGUCUGGAGAUGGAGCCCCUUGACUCUCUUAAUUACAAUUACUAUUUUAGGCGUUUGUCAGACUCUGCAUUAGACAGUGAGCCCUCCACCCCAGUGCGGGGCCCCCCGCUGCUGGGUAUGGAAAGAGUUUUCAUCGAGAUUGAAGACGUGGAGAGAGAUGCCCUGCUGGAGGACGAGGGUUUCCCCAUGGCCCACCUAGCCCUGCCCGGUGAGGGCACAGCGGCGCAGACGUGUGGACGCCUCGACCCCCUGGAGGACAUGAGACUGAGACUCGAGAUCAGUACUUUGGAGGAAGAGGACGAGGAAGAGGCAAAGAAAGAGGAAGCCGAGAUGGCGGCCUUGGCUCAAACACCUGGAAGUUCAGAGGGGAAGGCUGAGAGGACGGAGGAAAGCAGGUUAGGUCUCGCAAACCUAAACACCAACAACAGCAACCGGCUCGCUGCGAAGCGCAGCUGCCCUGCAGCUUUUGACGACAGUGCUAGCACAGGAAACCCCCUAAAAGUGAAGCCCUCCUAUCAGUCCUGUAAAGACUGCCUGCGUCUGCCACAAGGUCGGCGCUGUGACCGUCCAGCAGGAGGUCGCUCCCACCGCCUUAACGCCUCCCGCCACUGCACUGUCCCUACCAUAUGCAUCGAUCCGCCCGGGACACAUUUUGCUUCCACUCCCAUUCUGCAGUCCCUGCCAGCCCCCGUUGUCAUCCCACCCGACUUGAUCCAGCCCUGUGCUCACCUCUACCGCUGUGCCACAUGCGCCCCAGGCGGCCCGCCUGCCAACCGCCAGAAACUGGUCUCGCCCAUGAGCUGCGAGGAGACGCCUCCUCGCUGCAUCUCAGUUGAGACGGAGGACAUGGACGGACCGCAGGGGGAUAACGUGGAUGUGCAAAUAUCGAGGGAGGGUACAGGGGCAAUCAGGGCCUCUGCCGCAGACGGUUUAAAAUUACAAGCUGGUGAUGCAGUGGAGCUCCAGCAGCAGGCUCUGGCCCAGCUGCGAAUGCCAGGACUGGGGAUGGACUUUGGUCUGGAACUGAUGCGACAGAGGGCGGAGCAGCUUGAAAAGCUGCCAAGCUUGGCCAUGGAGGGCCAGCUCCCAGUGGGGCCCCUGCCGUAAAGGAGGGAGCUGGAGGAGGAGGAUGGGGGCGUACCACUGCCUCCACCAGGUACACUACGAUGGCUGAGGGCCCUUUAGGUGACUGCCGCUGUGUUGUCGCACCAGAAAUGAAGCACUACUUUGACCUGUACUGUCGUGUUCUGGCCUCAAGCUCCACUGUAACAAGCUGCAACAGUCCUCCGUGCAUUUGCAUCUGCUGGCAUAAAGAUAAAGAUGAGGCUGGUUUGUUUUCAACAUUAUGCUAAAGGCUUGAAUGCUUCUGGCUAAAUCUGGACUGAAGACUUUCUUGUGUCCUUCGCUUGUCUCACAAACCUGAUCGAGGCCUGUCUGGUUCUCUUCCAGACUAGCCCGCCCCACCACACACACGCGGGAUCAUCACACUCCGCCACAGGCCAGCGGAGAUAGUGGCGGUUUAUAAGAUCUACUUGUUGUUCCUUUCUGACUCCUGGGAGAGCUGCAGUUAACACUGAUGUUGAUGGAGACAAAAAAAAUACCUGGCGUGAACACGCUGCUGUCGGUGUACUGUAUGUUUUAACAAUCCACCUCAUCAACAGUAUCAAAAGGAGCUCGAUGAAUUUUCGACGUUGAGCCUGUUUGAUUGCGGCCACUAUCUCCUUGUGUUACCACUGAUAAACAAAUGUCCCUCUCAACUUCACCUGCAUUUCCCUGCUGCAGCUGCUUUUGCAACAUGACUGGGCACUCCAUGUGAACGUCAUCAUCUUCUUUCUUUUUUUUCCAAAAAGGAUGAGAUUUUUUAUGCUACCUUGGAAAAAGCGUGUACCUCGGACCACAAGCAUCUCGGACUGUUUUGGUCAAAGACUUUUUUUUUUGUGUGUGUGUGUGUGUGUCUCUGCUCAGUGGCUGGUUCACCAUGACCCGUCCAUUAGCGUUAAUGUAAUUAUGUCCUUCAAAUGCUCAGUUCAGCCUUGCAUGACUUUGCAGCACUACAAAGCAUAUCCUCAACAUGCACAGGCAGCACACAUGUUGAAAGUCACCAUUAAUUUUCACCAAGUUUUUGAAACACUAAAACAUUUUAUGAUUCACAAGACGAAAAAAUGGCAUCAAAAAAAAGAAGAAAAAAACUCUAUUUCACUUUUAUGCCUGAAAGAAUAAGAAUAAAUAUCACUCUUAGUCAGAUAAACUCUGAUAACCAAAGCCAUAUCAUGUUGCCAGGUUCAGUUUAAUCACCUUCACAAUUAUAGCCAAUAAAGAAGAGGGCACAGUUUCCUUUGACCAGUUAAACCUACUUUUCUUACCUUGUUACCACGUCUGAAUCUGGGCAGCCAUUUAUCUCGGUAGCUCCGCAGGUUAUCUUUUGGUAAUAUGUUGGAAAAACGCUUUUCUAACUUCCGUUUCCCUAACCCACAAAUGUUUGCAAUGGCACACCAAUCGUGUACAGCUUUAGCACUUCAGCACAACUCUAGUAUCCACUUGCACAGUGCACAGGCUUAUUUCAGAUGCAAAGCUACAUUUAACCAGAAUUCAUCUAAGAGCACUAAAGCAAGACAUCGGAAAUUAAAAAUUUACGAAAUGCUUAAGAGUGGUUACUGUGGAGUCCAUUGCCUAUAAGAGUCAUUUAUUUAAUCUAACAAUCAUCGGAAGGCUAAAGUCAUCAGCAGAUGCUGCCGUAAACUUUUGUUGAUAAUUUACUGUUUUUGUAAAAACAUGAAUGAAACUCUGGUUAACUUGCCAUUAUUCUGACCUUCAAAUUACAAAAUGAAAUGCUUCCAUUUACAGUGUGAUAAUUACAAAAAAUAUUCAUUAAUUUCCUGAAUGUUAGAUUUCCUUAUAUUUCAAGUAACCUAUCAAGGAACCUGCAAAGCUCAGCUUCAAAGCUUUUAGUAAGCCUUACUCUUCUACCCCUGCAGUCAGUCAUUUCUUCAUUUGCUAUUUAAACUUUUGUUUUCAUACUUCACAUGUUCAAACAGCUUGAGGCCUAUUUUUAAACUUGUUCUGUUUAAAUUUGUGCCGCCAAUCCAAAGUUGCUGUGCCACAGUUAAUCUGCAAGUUCAUCUGUUUGAUCGAUGUUGUGUCGCCCACACACUGGGUGUGCUCGAGUGGUCCUGAAUGAUGCCGAUGUCUGUUUGCAGGGAAAAAGCACAUGCAAGUUUUGAUACCGUGUUCAAAGAUCCGAGUGCUUCGGAAGAGAUGGCAACUGUGCAAAGAAUGAAUGCAAGCCAUUUAAUCACCUUUUUUCAACAUUUAUGUUAUUUUGUGUAGAUUUUGCUUUUCUUUAAAUGGAUCCGUGUAGACAGACGACGGUAAUGCAUCCUCUGCCCCUUCUCCUCCCUCAACUGGAUCACAGGGAGCUGCAGGUUUGCUCCACUAGUUAGAUUUAAGUAAUGUGGUUUUGCCUUUAACCUGUUCUCCCCCUCACGUUGCCAUUUGAGCCUGGCGUGACAACAGCACUUACAGAAAGUUUCGAGCAGAAGGUUGCAGUUGCCAUAAGGUAGUCCAUGAAUAAUGCAGCUAUAAAGAAUUAAUAACUGUUACAAAGUGAGAGAUCUUGCUUGUGGCUGUGAAAGACGGAUUAAGGGAAUUAAAGCUAGUCUGGUUCUGUCUGAACGUUUUCAAAAAGUCCUCCGACUGGCACUUCUAAAAGUUCGGUAAUUAAUACUUUAUAUUUAAUUUGUACGAAAACUGUGAGAUGUAGUGGUGCUGUUGAGGCAGAUUUUCCUUUGACUGUACUGUAUAGAAAAAACCCAGGUUAGCUGUUUCUCCAUUUCAGCUACAACUCCACAUUUAAGAUAACACAAGAAAGAGACAUCAUCUCCUCUAACUCUAUGAAACCUGCGUCUUAAAAUCCUCAAAUAAUUCCCUCGAUAUAAUCUUAGUAUAAUUCUAAUUCAAACCAGUGUUUUCGGGUGAGCCUGACGAGGGUGCUUGAUAUUCGUGCGAUGUUACCGCUCACUAAGUCCUUCCAUUUUGUGUUCCCAGACCACAGCACUGAUGUUUGGUUGUUUGCUUCAUGUGUUGAAUUUGUUUUUGCAUUUAAGUGCCUUAACCUCGGCCUUAGCUCCGCCACAAAGCAUCGCAGGCUUGGCAAAGUUUGUGUGUGUGUUGAUGGUCUGAUUUAUUUUUUAUUUUUUUGUACAUUACUUAUCCUCACUCCCAAUAAUAACCAUGCUCCCUUGCAAUGUAUAACUUGGCACAUAAUAUGAUGUAUGCAAACACACAUAAUCUCAUGCACAGCAGCCUCCUCUCCCUCAAUACACUUCCAUUUAUUAUUAGCCUAUAAUAAUAUUGUAAUUGUUUGAUAUUGUUGAAACUUGUGGUUCACGGUAUUGGUUCAAUAGCUGGCUGAAGAACCUUACUUGCUGGAAGGAGAACUAUGAUUUACAUUGAAACUCAACAUAGGGACAAGAAAGAUUGAAGUCUCUGAGAUUUGCCAGGCUGUAUAUAUUUUUCUCUUCUAUUUACCAUUGAGUACAUUAGCUUGCAGAUGUGGUCAAUAUUAAGAAAAGCACUGACAAUGCUACUGUGUCUUGCGAAAUACUUAAAAUUUACUUCUUGUGUUUCCAGCACAGCAAAAAAAAAAUUUGGGGGCCAUCUCUAAUUUAGUCAAAUGACUUCAGGCUCCGUUAAAAAUGGAAAUGAUUGGUUAUUUUUUUAUUGAAUUAUUCCCAGGCAGCAGGCAACACACUGACAAUCCUACUUAAGGGCCAGAGAUUGAGGCAGGACAUUAAGACAUACUGUAAUUUCAGGGGGUGGGGGGGCAUUUAUGGAGUGUAUUCAUAGAGCACAAGUUUGCCCCAAAGCAUGUGAGUAUGAGAUGGGUGGAAAAUAUAUAGAACAUGAAAUACCUACCUGGGAGUAAGAUUUUGUUGAUUGUCUUUGUUAACUUUUGUGUACUGUACAUUGCCAAUGUUCAUGUGUAAUGCACUUUUUUUUUUACAUUUUGUUAAAAGGAUGUCCAGUCUAAUGUUUAUCAUGGAAAUAAACCAUUUCCUCUGCAUAA